AUGGCGGCUGAGGAGGGAAUGGUGAUCGCGUGCGACACCAAGGAAAAGUUCGAGGCCAACAUGGCCAAAGGCAAGGAGACCGGCAAGCUGGUGAUCAUUGACUUCACCGCCAAAUGGUGCGGACCUUGCCGUUUCAUCGCCCCGGCGUUCGCCCAGUACGCCAAGGAGUUCCCUGGCGCCAUCUUCCUGACGGUGGAUGUUGACGAGCUGACGGACGUCACUGAAGAAUAUAAGAUCACUGCUAUGCCGACCUUCGUGUUCAUCAAGAACGGCAAGAAGGUCUGCACCGUCGUCAGUAACAAUAAGGACACAAUCCAUAAGAAGAUCGUGGCCCUCAUUGGUUCUUCGUCUGCCCCAAAGAAAAAGGAGGAUAAGCAUAGACAUGGUGAUGAUGGCAUUCGUGGUUUGGCAAUUUCUAAAGCGACUGGUCUUAGAAAGGAUCGGCAGGAUGAUGAACAUACAAGCUUGGAAGAUCAAGAUCUACCCAUCCGACGUGCGAAAGUCACACGCACCUAUAAAAAGAGAGUGGUAGAUCUCUCGACGGUCCGGCGUAGCACUAGAAUCAAGAAACAAAAUGAAUCAGCCUAA